AUGAAUGCUGACAAUAAUGAGUAUGAAGAGAUGUUCAACACACGAAGAAGGGCCAAACCAAUGGCGAGUAUCCACACAAAUAAAGAGUAUAAAACUCAAAUAAAAGCUCAUAAAGCCCGGAGCAAAUCAUUUGUGUGAGCGAAUCCAGUUGACUACAAUGAGCAAGAAAAGAAAGAGGAGAAAACUCUCUUUCUUUGUAUAAUGCUGAUGAACCGUGAUAGAAUUGUUAUUAGAAUUGGGAAAAAAAGUACUGUAAGAUUUGUAAUUGCCACUGCCUUAAAUCUCUGAUUUAACUUUGAACAAAAUAUUAGAAAAAAUUGCAUUUUUUGGGAAACUUGAAAUUAAAUUGUUCAUUGUGAAAUUUUGGAGUGAAAAUAGUAAUUUUACAGAAUUAAUUUUGGCUAAUCUAAUAGAGGCAAUGCAAGUAGAAUGCUAUUUAAACAGGUGGCAUGCUUAAUAAAUAAAAUUUUUAAUGCAAAUAAAUUGAAAUUCAAUUAAUCUAUAUUUUUUAUUUAAAAUAUUUUUUAUUGCAUUCAUAUAAGUUUUAAAAAAAAUUAACCUCCUUUUAAUUAAAACAGAUUUUAUUAUAAAUGAAAGGGAGAGUAAGGAAAAUCCAGGUCAGAAUCAUGCACCCUAAUGCCAAACCUGACAAUUUUGAAUUGAUACUUGCAGCAACAAAAACAGCUGAGCCUCUGCCUGGGUAUUAUCAAAUUUAUACUUUAUGCAAAAUAGGAUUCUGGACUAAACCAGAUUGCUAUUCACAAUAUCCUUUGCUGAUUUUGCAAAAAAAAUCAGAAGCACCCUCAAAAAUCCUAAAAAUCCCUGAGCUACUUACAGGGUACAAUGAUCCUCUUAUAGGAAACAAUUCUGAUUGAUGCAGCCACAGUGAUGAAGUUAGCGCAUUCAGGGCAAAAUAUACUGAAAAUCCUGCAUUCAAAGAAAUCAGCUCAAAAAAUGCUUUAGGCAAAUAUCCUCAGUUUAUAGACACUGCUUACGAUGCCAAAAUAUAUAGCAAGAAAAUGAUGAUAAGCAUAUCUUACCCAGGUCAUCCUUUAUCUAACACAAUAAUAGAGCUUAAUCACACCAUGAAGCUGGAAAACCUUUUGGAAGAAGUUCAACAAAAAUACUUUAUGCUGCAAAAGGUCUCAAUAGAUAUAAAUUCGCUUAUUUUGAAAUUCAGAGGAACGAAUGAAUACAUAUAUGACAGAAAUGUGAGGUUAUAUGAUAUUGAUGGGAUCAGGGAGGCUUCUCAAAAAAACACAAUUCCAGAAUUGGAGCUAAAAGUCAAGCCAGACGAUCUGAGCUUAGAUGAAACUUCAGUUGAGUCUCCUCCAACACCAACUUUUUCGAGCUCCACUAACUGUGAGGAUGACCUGAAAAAAGAAGAAAUUUCAGAAAAGGAAAUCAAACAAGUUCUUGAUAAGAGCCAGUUCCAAAGAAGAGCCCUGACUUUUCAAAUCAUGGGGAAUAAAAACUCUGUGGAGAAAGGCGCAAAAAGACCGCAAACACUUCCUGUUGCAAGAAUAAGCAGAAGAGAAAAGAGAUUUUCAAUAUUACAAACGCUUAGUUCGUCCCAAAAUCGAGCACUAGGGCCGCUUAACAUUAUUGAUGUAAGACAUCUUCAAACUAAGUUUCGAGUGAAAAUACUUGGAAUUCAGAACUUGAAAAUGUACAGCCUAGAUGAAGAUAGUCAGCUGCCACUUGUCAGACUUCACCCAACUUGCAUCAGAGUUGAGGCUUCUCUUUAUACAGGAUGCUCCCCGCUGGAUUCAGAAAUGAUAAUUACAUCUAUAGGUCUAUCUUGUAAAGACAUUAAUCAUCAUUUUAACGAAAACAUCAGAUGAGGAGAGUGGUCUUAUUUUUCGCUUGCAUAUUCGCAGCUGCCUCUUGCGACAUGUAUAAAAUUUGUUGUCAAGUGCUGAGUCACUUUCAAAGAAGGGAAAGGGCCAAAAGAGUGCAUUCUAGGCUGAGUGAAUUUCAGAAUUUUUGGAUAUGACCGAGGGCUUCAGACUGGGAUCCAUCGACUUGGCCUAUUUCCUUAUUACAGCGUUGCAGAUCCUACUGGCUCAACUAUUCAAAAUAAAGACGCUGAUGCGUCUCAAUUGUUUAUUGAACUCGACCAUUUCAUAGUGCCUGUGGUAUUCGGAGAAGACUCAGAUUCUGUCUUCUGUCUCGAUGAUUUUCUUGCUGAUCAACAAUUGGGGAUUCACCCUUCAGACGAAAGUGAGCUACUUAGGAUCUUGCAAGAGUCACCACUUUAUAAAAUGAGUGAAGCUGAAAAAGAGCUUGUCUGGAAAUAUCGAGCAUAUUUAUCGAGGAACAAAAAUGCGCUUCCUAAACUUCUGCUUAGUGUGAAGUGAUGUGAUUCUCAAGCAGUCAGAGAUGUUUAUCAUAUAUUAGAUCUAUGUGAAAAACCUGAUUCUGUGAUUGCAAUGGAAUUGCUGGAUGGGAAAUAUGCAGAUUCUAAGCUAAGGGAAUUCGCUGUGAAUGCUUUGGAGAGGCUGACUAAUAGUGAGCUGCAUCAAAUUUUGAUCCAAUUGGUUCAAGCUUUGAAGUUUGAAGCAUUCCACGACUCAGCACUGUCUAGGUUUCUGCUAUCGAGAGCUCUUAAAUGCCCAGAAAGCAUUGGGCAUACCUUUUUCUGACUUCUAAGAAGUGAAAUGAGCGACCCUUAUUAUAAGGAAAGAUUUGGGCUGCUGCUUGAGCAAUAUUUAAGAAAAUGCGGAGGUCACAGAAACUCGCUGAUUUGAGAAAAUCACCUAAUCAAGAGUCUUGAGCAAAUCGCAUGGUAUGUCCAAGGGAGCCAGUGCAAGAGACAAGAAGUCUUAGUCUAUCUGCAAGACCAAUUAAGUAUGCUAAACCAUGAACUUCCAGAAUUUUACUCGAUACCCUACAACUCCUUAUGGGGAGAGUAAUCUGUUCUAUUAACACGUGUAGCUGGAGAUUUCCGAAGACCUUGUGGAAGGAUGGUCAGCGUUCAAACAUGCUAAUCCAGAUGUGUUUAUCCUGAUUUGGUGGAGGGCAAUAUUAGGCUAGUCGACAGAAUGCUCAAUUCAGAGCAGGUUUUUAAUUCAUGGGAGAUAGUUUGUCGGAGCAGGAAAAGGGACACUCAGUAAGGCCAGAGGUGAUCACUUGGCCAAUUGAGAACGUCCCCAGCACGAUUCCAGAUAUUGAGCCCUAGGCUUCGAGAUCCAUCUUUGUCGAAACCUAACAAGAAAAUUAGUUCUUCGAAUUUUCUGGAAGGCAGCCCCUGUUGACGCGCUGCAUGGUAUCCUUAAACCUUGAGGAGCAACACAGUUGAAGGCGAUAUCGGACUGGAAAGAAAGCGGUAGAGUAUUAUGUAGAGGCUGCAGGCCUGCAGGGAUUUAUAUAUAAUCUUAACUAAGAAUGAAGAAUCCUACAACUCAAAAAUAAUUGUGAAAAAAAUAAAAUGGGAAGAAUGCAAAUUCAUGAAAUCCAAGAAAAAGCCACUUUAUAUUGUAUUUGAAAAUGCAGAUCCAUUGAAUGACACAUAUCAUCUUUUAUUUAAGGUUGGAGAUGAUAUGAGGCAGGAUAUGCUGACUCUGCAAGUACUCAGAGUUAUGGAAAACUUAUGACUUAAGGAAGGGCUCGAUUUAGGGAUGAGCUUGUAUACUACAUUGGCUCUAGGAAAUAAUGUAGGAAUUAUGGAAGUUGUCAGAAAUUCAGAAACAUUAGCUGGAAUCCAAAAAUGGGGAGGAGGAAACAUUGGUGCAUUAUAUGAAAAAAUUUUGUUCCAAUGACUAAAGACCCAUGACUACCCUAAUUUUCAAGAAAAUUUUAUAAAAAGCUGUGCUGGAUAUUGUGUUGCUACUUAUGUGCUCGGAAUUGCAGAUAGGCAUAAUGACAAUAUUAUGGUGAGAAAUACUGGGCAUUUCUUUCAUAUUGAUUUUGGGCAUUUCCUUGGACAUUUUAAGAAAAAGCUAGGGAUCAAAAGAGAAACGGCUCCAUUUGCAUUUACUCCAGAUAUGAGAUACGCCAUGGGAGGGAAAAAAAGUCCUGGCUUUGAAAGUUUUAGAAAGAAAUGCGUGCAUGCUUAUAAUAUUCUUCGAAGAAACAGAAAUUUGUUGAUCAGUUUAUUUUCCUUGAUGCUUUGCUCUGGCAUUCAAGAAUUAAGUCGUAAAGAUUUGGAGUAUCUCAAUAAGACGCUGAUAGACAUAUCUGAUGACAAAGCAGAAAAACACUUCCGAAGCUUAAUUAAGAAAAGCUUGAACGAUCCAAUGACGAGGAUAAACUUCUCAAUACAUAUACUGGCUAAUUAA